UCUCUCUCUCUCUCUCUCUCUCUCUCUCUUUCUUCUUUUUUCUCUUGUUAGAAAGAUUAUUGAUAAUUAUGUACGCGGAUAAUUCGGCCGAUAUCGAUGAAGAAUUUUUCGACGCGUUGGCCUUGUUGCGUUCGAACGAGGACGACAGUGCCGAGAAGCUUAGGAAGAUGUUGGACGAACAAAUCGAGAAAAGAUAUGGUACGAGCAAAACAUUGGCUUUUAGAAUGCCUAAAGAGUUUCUACAAAAGGAAAGGACUUCCUGGAAAACGUAUUCGAAGAAUUCAAUUAAAUUGACAUACGAUAAAAAUCAAGUGACUAAUGAAUCUAGCAAUAAGGCUAACGACACAAACGACAAAUCUGUUGAAAUCGUUGAAGUUAAUUUUAAAAAGAUUUACGAAGAGGAAUAUGAAGAAUUUGAGAAGAUCGACGUACCGAGAAUCUCCAUUCCCGAUGAUAUCUCUAACGAUGGUGCACUUUGCAAGAUAUGCAACGGCACGAAGCUGGGUCCUCUGAUAUUGCUCGAGUGCCAAGAGUGCCAAGAGAUCUAUCAUCCCCUUUGCCAUAAUCCAGCGGUAGUCGAUAUCGACGUCUACGAUCCCAGACUCGUUUGGCGAUGUGGAAAAUGCGUCGAAGCUACGGCCUCCACCUACGAGACUACUACUUUGGAGGAGGAGAGAAAGGGUGACGUUAAAAAAAUUACAAAUAAUAAAUUUGCGAAAUCGGUCAACGUCGAAAAGAAAAAACGUUGCGUUAAAAUGUACGAACGUGAAAAAGUUUUCAAACGACGUCGCUGA